AUGUCUCCAAUCACGCCUAUCGAUAUUCAAACUAAAUUGAAAUAUCUCCAAUGGCAAUCUAGCUAUACUGGUACUCGACCAUAUCGGAUUGCCCAAUUCGGUCGCAAAAGAAAACACGAUGAUGAGAACAAGCCGCAUAACCUGAUCUUUCAGGAAGGCGAUGUUGCCGAGACUAUCAGAGACAUCAGGGGAACAACACAUGGAGAAGGAAACCAUGAGUUCAGCCUCGAGACUAACGGAUUUGUGUAUCGGGAGUACCCUGCGCCUUUGUUCACAAAUGCAAAAGACUUUGGCGACCCAGAUCAUAUUCAAAAGGUCUUUUUGCCGGAUUGCGAGAGAAUUUUGAAAACCGAGAUUGAAGGGGUCGACCGGAUUAUUAUUUUUGACUGGAAAACGCUGGGUCUACCGUCGCUUACCGUUCAAUUCUUGAUUUGGAUAGAUAAGAAAAAGGAAAAGCGCAAAAGAACGACGAAAGAGAAACCCUAA